AUAAAGUCGCGGACGGUCCGCAUCCGCGCUCCAGUCGGCGGCCGUGCCUUCUGCAUCCGCGCGCGUGCCGUCGUAUCCGUCAGAAUCCAUCGCACCGCGAUCCCGCGAGACGAGAGAGUGGUACAGAGGGAAUCGCAGGGAAUUCGUGUUUCACUUUCCAAUUCUCAGGGAAUCAACCGGCUACGGACGAUACUGAAUACUCGCGCGGAGUGUGCGUGUCGAGAUCGCGUUCAGGAUGCGGCUACCGAUUUUGCUGAUCCUCGGGCUGCUGGUUGUCUGCGCCGUCGAUGGUAGCGUCAUAUCCGACGAAGCUCUGACCGCGAGCCUGCAGGAUGCCUGGUACAGCGAUGAGUUCAUUAUCGCGUUAUCAAAGUCCAACAUCAAAGAAAAGAAGAGGCAAUCCGGCGGUUCGAUCGAGACCCUGCUGGCCGUGAAAUAUCAAGGCACGAAAACGAAACUGGUGCUUCUGGUCGAUCGACGAACGAAACGCGUUAUACUCGAGAGCCUCGAUGAAUCCGGUCGACGUAGCGCCUCGCACGUCAAAGUGGACAGCCUCUCGGUGAACACCCCUAUGAAAAGUCUGAUUAUGCUGGUGCAUCAGGCGCAACCUAAUACUCGCGUGGACAUGUUCGUCGACUGUAUUUACGCGGGUUCCAUACCGUUAAAGAAAACUUUCCGCGAUAUAUUCGAAACCGAGGACAACCCGUCCGUGGAAGUAUUCAGAGAUCGAAAAUGCCGGAUAAAGGUGUAUCAGACGUCAACCAUCACCGAGGUGCUGAGAAAGGAGCAAUGCCCUGAAAAUCUAACGGGUAUGAAGCAACCUUCGUUAUCCGAUACGAAAACACGACCCAUCGAUUCCGAUGAGGACGAUCAAAAGAAACCUAUGGAUCGACCUGACACCGACUCGAGUGACGGAAUUGACGAAGGGGCGUCGAGUGUAUCGGAUAACGGUGUGUCAUCUUUCAGUAGCGCGAAACAUCCCUGGGAUCACAAGAAACCUUCCGAUAAGAAGGACAACCACGGCCUUCCGAGCGAUCACGCGGGACAUCCGGGAGGCAAAGGCAAGCCAAAUAAAUACGAUCCAUACGGCUCUGCCAAUCCGUUUAUUCAAACCGGAAAAUCGGACGAAACAGACGAUCAUAAUUAUCCAGACGGAUCUCGACCUUCGUCAAUCACUCCGCAAUCUUCAAAAUUUCCCAAAAGACCGUAUCAAACUGGGCCCACUAAACGACCUGUACUUGGUCCCACUAAACGACCCGUAUUUGGACCCACUAAACGACCUAACAAUCAACUAACUUCGAAACCCGAUUAUAGCUUCGAUAAACCUGAACGAUCGGAUGAAACGGACAAUCUUGACUAUCCGAACGGAUCUCCACAAUUCACGUCGCAGUCUCCGGCAUUUCCCGCUAAACGUCCUAAGAAACCUGGAUUCACUAAACCCGCUCAAUCAGGUUCUAACAAACAACCUGACGGAUGGAGUCCGCAUGAUUCUGACAAAAAUUCUUUGAUACCAGACGAGUCUGCUGAGUAUAAACCUCGCAAUCCCAAGCGACCUGGUCGAAGUCCGUACUCCGGUAACACGCACGAUGGGUACCCCUAUCCGAAUCAGACGGACAUGGAUUCAUCGGAUGAAUCCGGUAACAGGAAGCCCAGGAGAGGCGACAUCGGAAUACAGAGUCUGGAAGAGGAAUGUCAGACCGACACUCGGAUCGUGAAAGCCUUGAACGAAUUAAUUAACGCUACCAGAAAGCUCUGGAGGGAACUGGAACUAAAUAGGAUGGAAACCCAGCAUCUUCGUCAUUUGAUCGAAAACUGCUCGGCGUGUCGUACCGGUGAGUGACUGACACCGCCGCCGUCCACGUGCGACCAUAACUCCCCGUGCUACCCCGGCGUCGAUUGCCGUAACACACCGAGCGGACCCCAGUGCGGCCCCUGUCGACACGGUUACUCCGGAGACGGACGGGUCUGCGCCAAAAUCCACGUCAUCACCUGCAUCCAACGGCCGUGCUUCCAGGGGGUGCGGUGUUACGAUGACGACGACGCUGGUUACAGAUGCGACAGGUGUCCAAGCGGAUACGUCGGCGACGGCGAAAGAUGUGAGAGGAUAAGAAACCCCUGCGACCAUCACCCGUGUCACCCGGAAGUCAAAUGCUACCCCACUCAUAGUCCACCGUAUUUCAAAUGCGGUUCAUGUCCGUUGGGGUAUGUGGGUAACGGCACGGUCUGCCUCGACGCGAACGAAUGCGAGCUGGUGCGACCCUGUCAUCCCGGAGUGCGGUGCAUCAAUCUCCAUCCUGGAUACAGAUGCGACCGAUGCCCGAGAGGUUACACGGGGCCGAUGACGGAAGGCGUCGGUGUCGAGAUGGCCAGAACGCGAAAACAGAUCUGCCAGGACGUAAACGAGUGCGAGAUCAACAACGGCGGAUGUGAUCCCUAUUCGGAUUGUAUUAACACGGAGGGAUCCUACAGAUGCGGUUCGUGCAAAAGUGGUUACGUCGGCAAUCAAACGACGGGAUGUCAUCUUCACCAUGACGUCUGCCCGGAUCUGAUAACGGCCUGUGAUGUCAAUGCCUAUUGCAUUGCCAUGUACGCGAACGAAUAUACAUGCAAGUGUCGCGUGGGUUGGGCCGGAAACGGGAACGUCUGCGGUCCCGACACCGACAGUGACGGCAUCCCCGACAGAAGCCUUCGCUGUCACGACCGUCAUUGCUACGCUGACAAUUGUCCGACGGUGCCGAACAGCGGCCAGGAGGACGCCGACGAGGACGGUACCGGCGACGCUUGUGACGACGACGCCGACAACGACGGCAUAUUGAAUCUGACCGACAAUUGUAUGCUCAUUUAUAAUCCGGAUCAGCUGGACAGCGACGGCGACAAGAUCGGCGAUGCCUGCGACAAUUGCCCGACGAAUUGGAAUCCGAAUCAGGAGGACUAUGACGACGACGGCGCGGGCGACGCGUGCGAUGACGAUUUGGACGAUGAUGGUAUACACAACAAUCAGGACAACUGUAUCAAGGUGAAGAAUCCGAAUCAGCGCGACACCGACGCGGACGGCAUCGGCGACGCCUGUGACAAUUGUCCUGGCAUUGGCAAUUUUGACCAAAGGGAUAUCGACGGCGACGGCGUCGGGGACGUUUGCGACACCAACGCGGAUCGCGACAGGGACGGUGUCCAGGAUGACAAGGACAAUUGUCCGGACGUGGCGAAUCCCGGGCAGAACGACGUCGACCACGACGGCAUCGGCGACGAGUGCGACGACGACAUCGACGGAGAUCGUGUACCCAACGGGAUCGAUAAUUGCCCUUACGUCUACAAUCCGGAUCAGCGUGACCUUAAUCACGACAGAAUUGGCGAUGCAUGCUGGAACGAUAAUGACAACGACACGGUUAUCAAUACUUACGAUAACUGUCCCAAUAACAGUUUAAUAUGGGCAACAGAUUUUCGUAAAUACUUUACGGUCGCUCUCGAUCCACACGGUACCUCGCAGCAGGAUCCCCAAUGGAAAAUUCACCAUCAAGGUGCUGAGAUUCAACAGCUUCUUAACAGCGACCCCGGAAUCGCGAUAGGCCCGGAUGAGCUGAGUAACGUUGACUUCGAGGGAACCUUCUACAUCGAUAACCACGACGACGACGACGAUUUCGUGGGCUUUGUGUUUUCCUAUCAGGAUAAUCGACAUUUUUACGUUGUUUACUGGAAGAAGGGCGAGCAGGUCUACUGGGAACCAGCCCCGUUCCGCGCCGAAGCGGAUCCCGGGAUUAUAUUGAAGCUCGUUCAGUCCGAAACCGGACCGGGCGAGAUGCUGCGAAACAGUCUCUGGCACAAGGAAGACACGCCCAAUCAGGUGAGGGUCCUGUGGAAGGACCCGAGGAAGCUCGGCUGGCAGCCAAGGGUGUCGUACAGGUGGCAUCUGUUGCACAGACCUAAGAUCGGCCUGAUCAGAUUCUGGCUGUAUCAGGGUACGCAGCUGGUAACCGAUUCCGGGAACGUGUUCGACUCGACCCUGCAGGGUGGUAAACUAGGUGUCUAUUGCUUCUCGCAGGAGAUGAUCACCUGGUCGGAUUUAAUGUACAAGUGCACAGAUACCGUGCCUCAGACCGUGUGGGAUCAGUUACCUGAUAAUCUGAAGAGAGAAAUUCAAGCGGAGAUUACUGACAAGUAUCAACAACAAAUAACACAACGCAGAAUGAAUUACGACUUCUAAAACAGGCUCUCGAUGAUUUUGUCGUAACAACGAAUAAAUGACGAGUGCGACGAUCGAAUCUAAAUCUCUGUAAUUUUAAUUUUCAAAUAAUCGUGGAACCACAAGCGAAUUAUAAUUAAACAAUAAAACGUCAAAAUAGCGCAUCUUUGACGCGUUUAAAUAAACUCAAUUUGCGUAAAUUCAAAAUUUUAUGAUAAAUUUUGUAUAUUAUAUAUAGUAUAUAUCUAUAGAUAUCUUGUAACAAAGAUAUUUAAUAUUCCACAAAAUGACGAAUAUAUGUAAUUCUCCUAUUUAAUAUUUCUCCAGUUAAACAAUUUUUAUUGCAUUUAGAAAAAUUAAAUUAUUUCAGUUUCAACAUCACUGUAGAAUUAAACGUACUUACCUUGUGCAAACGUAAAGAAUAAUACAGAGUCACAAUGUAAAUCGAUUAAUAUGUAUGUACGUUAACUGUAGUAUAUGGAACCAUAAUGAUUUUAAUGAUCUUGCAUUUAUUUGUAUGUCUCUAAGGUGCAACUUGCAUAAAAGUUAUUUUCGUAUUUAAUAGAGCAAAAUAAAGUAAUAAUCGUCAUUACGUAAA